AUGAACAAGGGCGGUGGUUCCGGUGGCGGUGGACCCGGUGGCAAUGAACCAAAAGGGCCGACGGCCGCCGCAGCCGCUGCUGCCUUACAGAAGCAAAAGUCAUUACUACAAAGAGUAGAGGCUGACAUCACAUCCGUCGUCGAUAACUUCACGCAAAUCGUCAAUGUCGCAAGGGUGAAUGAUCAGCCGGUGAAGAACUCGCAGGAAGCGUACAUGAUGGAGAUGCGAGCUUCGAGAAUGGUUCAAGCAGCUGAUUCUCUUCUGAAACUUGUAUCGGAGCUGAAGCAAACUGCGAUUUUCUCUGGAUUUGCAUCACUAAACGAUCACGUGGAACAGAGAAUUGAAGAGUUUGAUCAAGAAGCUGAGAAGACUAAUCGAUUGUUGGCUAGAAUAGCAGACGAUGCUUCAGCCAGUCUUAAAGAGCUCGAGUCUCAUUAUUAUUCUUCUGCUCAGAGAUUGACUCUUGACAGUUAG